GGCUGCGGGCCGGGCCCCGCCUCCCACAAGCGGAAGCGCUCCGGGGCCGGGGCGCAGCCAGGAAACGUCUUCCCGUCUCUUUGCCCAGGCCUGAAGCUGUCCCGGGGGGCAGCGGGAGGGCGAUGGAGUUCUCCAGGUGCCUCUACAUUAUCAGCGAGGCGCUGGCCACGGAUGAUCUGGCGGCUCUCAAGUUCCUCAGCCUGGAGCACAUCCCUUUGAGGAAGCAGGAAGGCAUCCAGGAGCCCAAGGCCUUCUUCCAAGCACUGCAGGAGAAAGGCCUGAUCGAGGUGGGGAAUCUGGCCUUCCUGAAGGAGCUGCUCUACCGGAUCAAUCGCAUGGACAUCCUGGCUUACCAGCUGGGCUGCAGCCGAGAGGAGAUGGAGAAGGAGCUUCAGAUCCCAGGCAGGGCAAAGGUGUCUCCAUUCAGGUACCUGCUCUUUCAGCUGUCUGAAAACAUCACCACUGAGGAGCUGAAGUGUUUCAAAUUUCUUUUGGGAAGAGAACUACCAAAAUCCAAGCUGAACACUGAGAAUACAAUGAUCGACGUUUUCAUUGAGAUGGAGAAGAAGGGGAUUUUGGGAGAAGACAACCUAAAGGUCCUGAAGACUCUUUGUGAAAAAGUUGACAAGAGCCUGGUGAAGAAAAUUGAAGAGUAUGAAUUAAACCUAUGUGGUGAGGAAGAGAUGCUGAUCACAGAGGGACAGAGUGGCAACAUAGGAGUCACUGAAGCCCAUGCCAGACGGCUGACCUCAUCUGUGGCACCUGAUUCUCCUGACAGCCAUAGUGAAUCUUCCCAGCUUGAAGUUUACAAAAUGACCAGCCGACCCCGUGGAGUGUGCCUCAUCCUGAAUAAUCACAAUUUUGCAAGAGCCAGGGCAGAAGCAGCUGAACUAAAGAUGAAUGAUCGGAAUGGGACAGACGUGGAUGCAGCGGCUCUGAAGAAAGUCUUUAGCAAGCUUCAUUUUGAAAUAGCAGAACACAAAGACCUCACCGCAGAGGAAAUCCGUAACGUUGUGAACAUCUAUCAGUGUGAAGACCACAAGGACAAGGACUGCUUUGUUUGCUGCAUCCUCUCUCAUGGGAAAAAAGGCAUUAUAUAUGGUGUUGAUGGGCAGGAAGUACCCAUUCAGGAACUGACCACUUCUUUCACUGGGCGGAAUUGCCACUCACUUGCAGGAAAACCAAAAGUCUUCUUUGUUCAGGCCUGCCAAGGUGAUGCUCGCCAGAAAGGUGUUACCAUCGAAGUAGAUUCUGGAGAGCAAGAUUCUUCUGUAGAAACAGAUGCAAGAUUUCAGUUUGACUGCAUCCCCUCAGAAGCAGACUUCCUCUUGGGCAUGGCUACCCUGCAGGAUUAUGUUUCCUACAGAAGUCCAAGCCAGGGGACCUGGUAUAUACAGUCACUGUGCCAACACUUAGAGAACAGCUGUCCUCGAGGAGAAGAUAUUCUCACCAUCCUGACAGCAGUGAAUCAAGAGGUAUGGUGCCUGGACAUGUCACCUAAAUACAUCCAUUUUACAGAGAAAGAAGGAAAGGCAGUCACAUCUCAAACAGCUAAGUAGACCUGCUAUUAUCAUUGAUCAGGAAAACUUCCUUGACAACCAAUGAUUAAAAAAUAACGAAUUAAAAUGAGAAACCCUGUUGAUCCUACCAGCCUUCCCCAGAAAUCAGUAUCUUUCUAAGGUAGCUCACUACACAAGAAAUCUGAUGAAUCUGUAGAAAGUUCUGAUUCCAGCAUACUUAACUCUAUCUCAUGCCCAGACCUUACUUUAAACCUAACCCGGGUCCUAAUCAAGUAUAACAAUUUCAAUACACUGAUGCUUCAAAGGAAUGCCAUUCUAUUAUGUCCAGAUCUUUUUCCUUAACAAUUUUGCCUCUUCCACAGUGACAGUGUUGACAGUUUCUUCUCAAUUUUUCCUCAGUUUCUAAGCAGAGGAAAGGAAAGCUGUUGCGAGUAUGUUAGAAAGGGAGGAACCUUUGCAGACCCUUCUAAAAGUAAUUGAUUUCAGAUUGGUGCUAUCUUUCUCAGUUCAGAGUCAGGAUUGUAGGAACGGAUUCUCAGAUAAUUUAACAAGCUAAAAUCUUAACUAUAAACACAAUUACACAGCAUUCUGCACAAAGUCUGCCAAUACCCAGUUUUUCUUCUGCAGCUGCUCUCUC